GCCGGUCCAGACGGUGAGGGGCACUCGCUAGUUUCGCAGGGCAGCGGCACGAACGGGGGAGGCGCGGCCCGCCCGAGGCUGCGGUGCCUGAGGUGGCGUCGAGGGGCUGGGAAGUGCCGGAACACCCGGCAGCCGCGUGAAGCUGUAGCUGCCGCGGGGUAUCCCCGGGAGGAGGUGCUCUUCGGCUGCCUCGGGGCCUCCGGGCGUCUAAGCAGCGCGGUGGUUACGUCCCUGCAGGAGCAACCCGAGAAAAGGCACGGCCCAAAUUUAGAAUAAGGAAAGGUGGAUUCAUGGAUGCAAGAAGGGUUGAUAAAGACAGGAGUGGAAUAAUAUCUGAUCAUGAACUUCAGCAGGCAUUAUCUAAUGGCACAUGGACUCCCUUUAAUCCAGCAACAGUCCGGUCAAUUCUUGGCAUGUUUGACAGAGAAAACAAAGGUGGUGUGAACUUCAAUGAAUUCACUGGAGUCUGGAAGUAUAUCUCAGACUGGCAGAAUGUCUUUCGAACGUAUGAUAGGGACAAUUCUGGAAUGAUUGACAAAAAUGAGCUAAAGCAAGCACUAACAGGUUUUGGUUAUCGACUGUCUGACCAGUUCUAUGACAUCCUUAUUCGGAAAUUUGACAGACAAGGAAGAGGACAAGUUGCUUUUGAUGAUUUUAUUCAGUGCUGUGUUGUCUUACAGAGGCUGACUGAUGUAUUCAGACGUUAUGAUACUGAUCAAGAUGGCUGGAUUCAAGUGUCCUAUGAGCAGUAUCUUUCCAUGGUCUUCAGCAUUGUAUGACAAUGACAGCUAGGAAUUGCACACUGGCAUUAUAUAGACUGGAGUUGCCAAAUCAUCAUGUACUGAAAAAGAUUACUGAUAUAUCAAAAUGGAUACAACUUCACAUUCUUAAAUUUUGUAUGUUGGUCACCA